GGCGGCGGAAGUGACGUCAUCGGUACGGGAGUUGCCGCCGCCGUCGCCAUCAUGGUGGGCAAGGGCUGCCGCAUCCCGGAGCGGUGGACCGACUACGUCCCGCUGGGCAGAAGGUUGCCGGGCACCCGCUUCAUCGCCUUCAAGGUCCCCCUGAAGAAGAGUUUUGAAAAGAACCUUCACCCUGAGGAGAGGUUUUCACCUCGUGAUCUGAUAAAGAAAAUCAGAGAGCAGAAGGAAGAGCUGGGGCUGAUCAUUGACCUCACCUACACCACUCGGUACUAUGGACCAGAGGAGCUCCCAGACACUCUCUGCUACUCCAAGAUCUUCACAAUGGGCCACGAAAUCCCCAGCAGUCAAACUUUUCUUCAGUUCAAAUGUGUCGUCAAUAAGUUUCUGAGAGACAACAAAGACAAUGAUAAACUGAUAGGGGUUCACUGCACCCAUGGCUUGAACAGAACUGGCUACCUGGUGUGUAGGUACCUGAUCGACGUUGAAGGGAUGGAGCCAAACACAGCAAUUGAGUUGUUCAACAGAGCUCGAGGGCAUCCAAUAGAGAGACCCAACUACAUCCAGGACCUUCGGAAGAGAUCUGUGAAAAAGAACUGCAAGCUCCAGAGCUGGGAUUUGGGCCCCUUCAGAGGAAACACCAGCACUGCUCCAGGCACGAGAAAGCAGAUGGUGAAAUGUCCCCCACAGCAACACCUGGAGCAACCCCCCUUGGCCAUGCCCAGAAACUUUGGCAGCACCAAGAAGCACCGGAAGCGAAGCUCCAAGGCACAGGGACAACCCCAGGAGGUGGCCACCCAGCCCAGGGCCACCAAACCCAAGGCUACGGCCACCGCCAGGGCCACUGAGCCACAGUGGCCACGGGGCUUGGCCACCAGGAACUCUUGGGUGUCCCCCCAACUCCCUGACUCCCAGCACGGACUCUGCUCCCCCCAGCCCCGCUGCCCCCCUGAGCAAGCGGCCAAGAAACGGCGGCGGCGACGUAAGAAACCUCUGGUGAUGCAAUGAGUGACAUCAGAGGUGACAAAGCCGUGAUGUCAUCAUGGAGGAGCUCCAGGAUGGGUCUGGCUGCUUGGACUGCCGGGACUGGGCUGGACUGGGCCAGACUGGACCUUCUGCCAGCAGCUGGACUCCACCUCAACUCAGCUUCUGCUUUUUAACUUGGGAGUUUUUCUUCUUUUUUUUCCUCUUUUUUGUGUGACUUUUUUUUCCCGCCCUCUCAGUACUUUUACCAAUCUCACAAUUUAUUUAAGCCCCUUGUGUUCGGGAGGUGAAGGGGUGCAAGGAAUAAAUGUGGAGCUGGGAACCCUCAGGACCUCCCGGGAACCUCCAGGGAAACCUGGGCUGCUCCGGGAUUCCAAGACAGGACAAGGAGUGCCUGAAA